CAAAAUGUCUAAAUCUAACAAAUCUUACAUAUAAAAAAGUCGCGACAAAGUGCAGCCGAGAGACGGAUAACCGCGGCGUUACCUCGGUAACGCCUGGAAAAGAGCAGCUCACUGUUCAGCGAUUUUUCCUCGGCCGUAGCUUUAUAACGGGAGAAAUGUUGGAUAUACGUGGAUCGAAUUGUGAGCUGCGGUGCGGCGGUUCCGGCGAUUUAUGCGAAAGUCACGGACUAGUCUCGAAACUGCAGCAGCUCCAGUUUUGCGGACGACCAACAAUCGUAGUCAGUUCGAGCAAUUAGGAUCUGAUGUGAACUUUGGAACUGUUGCGGUAGCUGAUCGCUACUGUAGGGCUUUUUUAAUGUAUUUUUCGACUGGAAAAUUUAAUUUCGAUUCGUGCGUCGUUUCGCAGAUUCGAUAAAAAUUAUGCUCGACGCUCUGAUGGUGCUUUACGUCUUGCGGGGCUAAUUCACUAUGCAGAGAAUUUAAUUAAAACUCACGACGACGUUGAAAAGUCGGCUGUACUCGAGCAUUUCUACUUGUAUAUUUGUAAAAUAGGAAAAAAUAGUGCUUCGGCAAGAAUUUAUCAAUAUUGAGCGGCAACUCAGCGCGGACUUUUUUGCAUAGCGAUAUUUUUUUUUUUGCUUGUUUUGCAAAGUCGAUGGAUGAGCUUCGCUCGAGACUUUAAUUCGAGAAAGAUGCUAUCCGUUUCCGAUAUACACUGUCGCGUCGGAGCUCGUAUUAUUUUGUAUCGCUAUGUUACGAAUCUUUUUGCUUGCGGAUUGUAAUCUGUCAUAAGAGAUAUACCUAUAUCUUUAUGAUCCACACGUGCGCCUAAAACGUGACUCGAUGCGCGAGCCAGUGGAUAAAGUGGAAUGUUGGUAUAUUUUCCAUAGAAAGGUUUUCGAGAUAUCCUCUUUGGAUGUAGCUUCUAUGUAAAUCAAAAAAUGCGAAUAUCUCCUUAUCAGCCGUUGUCUGCUGGUGGAUGUUACUGACUGCACUUCCUUACGUUAGUCAUAGAAAUGAUCGCAUUUCUCGUACAUUCUUUAUAUACAUUGUGAUAAACAUUCCCGCAAGCCUAGUCCUGUACGAAUAAUUCGUGAUAAAAUACUUGUAUGUGCAUUGUGUCAGUUUCCUGAGAGAUACAGAGCCACAGUACAUAAAUAUUUUUAUAAAGCAGUCGUGAUUCAGUCUUCGUACGAGUAUAGACAGUUUUGACGAACCUUUUUGUAAGUGACAAAAAUUUAUAUAAUUCAGUUAUUCAGUUAUGGCUGCAAAGAAAAAUUCAAUUAUACCUGCACUACUAAUACCGAUACCAUUUUCGUGGAGAGUAAACGGCGUUACUUAUUCUGAAAGUUGGGGCGUAACCCAAUUCGAAGAGUCAAAUCUGAAGUACGCGUGGAUGAUAAAUAAUUUCAAGUCGAUUACCUUAAAAAAUCUGAGCGAUCCUAUUUACUCGCCAGACUUUUGGCCGUCUGGCAAUGAAAGUUUUAAAUGGCAUCUUAAACUAAAUCCACAAUCUAGUUCUGUAAAAGGAGAAACAAGUUAUACCUUCAAAGGAAUUACUGGUCUGGGGUGGGAAACCUUCAUCGAGCGUAACAAGGCAUUCAAUAGUUGUCAAUCAAAUGGCACUUUGAAAAAUGCACCCAACGUCAUCCAAUCGACCGGAUAUAAGAACCUGGAACGGUCAAAGCCGAGUCUCAUGUAUGAAGCUUUUCGCACUUUGGUCCAGGAGUACCGUUUAGGUAUACAAGCGCCUUGAGUUUGAUCCAAAAGUAAAAUUAAUUCUAUUACAUAAUCAUCAAUUUUUAUCUGUUACAUUAGAACUAUCUCUGCCAAUAAAAAUACGAAACAUUAAUUUA